AUGUCAUUGACUAUAGCCAAUUGGACUCCAACAACUACAGCUACUUCAACUACCUUAUCAAGCAUUGCUAUAAGCUAUGCCCCGGCUUUACUGACAAGUUUAUCUGAAGCGGUGAACAGUUUGACUUCAACUACACUCAAUCGGAAAGACUACAUAUUGGCCACACGUGCAAUCCGUGGGGCACAAGCGUCAUUAACCAUCAUCCUGGCUGAACAAGUGUUGGCUACUGCUACAGAUGCUUCAGUUCAAGCUAAAGCAACUCAAGCAAUUUGGGAUGCCACGGAAAAUCUAAACGCUCUAUUCUGGGAAGAAAACAUUUAUAAUAUCCCCAGUUUAAAUCGUCCAGCUAACAUUUUAUUUUUGGUAUUAUUCUCAAUUACUUUUGGGUACACUUUAUUUAUGCUAAUUAAGUCCCGUUACCAUUGGUACAAUGUUGCUUUCACUUGUGGUUUAGCUCUUGAGUUCUUAGGAUUCCUUGGUCGGGUUCUUUCAUUCAGAAAUAUGACUGGUGAUAAUUUCUUUCUACUUCAACUUAUUUCAUUAACCAUUGCACCAGCAUUUCUCAUGGGUGGGAUCUACUUUCUCUUUGGUCAAUUGGUGGUUGUCCACGGAAGAAAAUAUUCCUGGCUUAAACCAUUACACUAUUCAUACAUCUUUAUUGGAUGUGAUGUUUUGUCGUUGGUUAUCCAAGCUGCAGGUGGGGCUCAGGCUAGUAUUGCUUCUCAGACUUAUGAAAAUGCUCAUCCUGGAACAUAUACUAUGAUUGCUGGUAUUGCCUUUCAAGUGUUUGCAAUGUCUUUAUUCUUGAUCCUUUGGUUUAUGUUUUGGUAUAAUGUGUACUUUAAAUUCUCGGAUCUUCCUCCUGAGAAAAAUGAAGAGCUGUCUAUUUUUCAAAAGAAAUCGUUCCCAAAUUAUAUAAAAUUACUAUUCAAUGGGUCCAAAGCAAAUGAAUAUAAGAAAAACCAGUUGGAACAUAACUUUAAUCCAAAAUACAAAUCGAUCAGACAAAGACCGCUUUAUAACUACUAUGCAUUAGCGAUCUCAAUAGCUGUGAUUGCAAUCUACAUUAGAUGUGUCUAUAGAGUUGUUGAAUUGGCCCAAGGAUUCAGUGGUUACUUAAUAACUCAUGAAGCAUUUGUUAUGACGUUGGAUGCAACUAUGAUUGCCAUUUCUGCCUUGAUUUUCAUGCCAUUCCAUCCACAAAUUGUCAUGGGUUCAAGUAAUGUGAUUAGAUUGAAGUCGAUUACCAAAAAUCAUGAUGAGAAAGAUGGUGAGGAAGGUGAUGAAGAAAUUACUUAUACCGUUGCUGAUGCUGAACAGGAAGAUAAAUCAGCGGUUGACAGUUUCCAACGAGAAGUUGAUUCUGAGUCAGUCUAG